AAUGGAGAGUCGGUUCGAGGUGACGUUGGAAUCUCGCACCACACACGAUUCACUUAUCCUUCGGACGAAGAAUCGCUCGGUGAUCACUCAUUGGCCACGUACAGUCCAAAAACCAGAGAGGGAAGUUUUGAUUUCGGUGUUUUUAAUCCUCAUGCGGACUUUCUAACAACCAUUUUUGUGUGCGCUAAUUUUGAAUUUUCGCUAUGGAUUGGAUUUACGUGGUGGUAUUUUGUACAGCAUUUAUAACUUGCUUCAAAGGAACCUAUGCAAUUAGUUUAAAUCCUUUCAACGCUUUCUCAGAUUUGAACUAUGAACCAAAUGCAGACUUCAGCGUCAACCAAGGUAUGUACAUUCCCAACAUGCCAGUCGCUUCUAUUUAUCCACUCAUGAACGAAGAAAGUUACAAUGGCGUCAUCGGACUUCCAUCACUCAAGUCUCCCUCGAUCCCUUUCAUAAACCCCUUAUCAUCAGCGUUACAGCAAGUUCCCGGUGGCAGAACCAACAAAAUGGUCUUAAUAACUAAACCAAAAAGUUCAAGGAAUGGCCCACGCUAUCCUCCUGAUCAUCCGCAGCAACAAAUCGGUGGACCUCCGAAGUCUCGAGGAGUAACACUGGAUAUAAGAGGAGGUGGAUAUAAACUGGAGCAUCAUCAGAACGGGAAACCUUACAAACCUCCCAGCACAGAAAGCUCCUUUCGAAGUACGCAAACGCAAAAUAGUGGACGAAAUGUUGGAGGAGCACCUAAUAGACCAAACAAUGGCCCAAAUAGAAAUAGGCUACCUAAUCAGCGUCCAAGGGGUCCCAAUAUGAAGAAUCCACACUACAAUAUGAAUUUUGAAACUUCAUUACCUUCUAUGCCACCCAACGUAGAGUUUGUGAAUCCUGAAAAUGUUUUGCCACUUCAUCCCAACAUUUACAAGCAUUUUUUGCAGCAAAACAAACAAUUGGGCCUCUAUUUCAAAAAUUUUAAUAAUCAGAACCUUUUUUCGGGAAAUUCACCAACUAGAGGCAGGUUUGCAAACAGUGGAUCUUUCCCAGGUAACACUUUUAACCCCUUAAAAGUUGCAGCUUCAAAAUUAGUUAGAAACAGAGGCAACAAUAUGAAUUCUCACAUCGGGGCUUUAUCUCAGUUUUCCAAUUUUCCAUCGAGUUUUCAAAUUCCUGGAGCACAAUUAUCCGCUAGUCAUUUAACUUCUCAGUUUGGAUCAUUACAACAACAUACUCCAGACAAGCUUAUUGUUCAACAGUAUGAGGCUGAUUUAUUCAAUCAAGACCCUCACUUCUAUGCAGCUUUAGCUCAAACUCCUGAAGGAAGAGCUGUUUUAAGUCAAAUGCAACAGCAGCAGCCGAUACCUGCGAUAAAACCUAACGCUCAGACUAAUCCUUCAUUUUCAAGUAAUGCAGCUAAGCAAUCUCAUAACAAUUUAAAAUCUUCUGCCACAUCUAAUAACGGAUUUUCAGGCUAUACAAGUGCUACAGGUUCACAAACUGAAAGUUUUCCAGCAUCAUAUGCAACAAACUACGACAAUAACCAGGGACCAAAAAAUAUAGCUACUACCAAUAAUGCUGCCGCACAUCAAAAAACAGCUGAUGCCUUAGCGGAAUAUCAGCAAAUGAUGCUUUAUUAUCAACAGCAGCAACAACAUCAACAGCAGCAACAACAACUGCAACAACAGCAGCAACUCCAUCAACAACAGCUUCAACAACAGCAACAGUUGCAGAAGCAACAUCAGUUACAACAACAGUUAUCUACUAAGCAGUAUUCUUCUUCCGCUGCUCAAGCUGCUGAACUGCCAUUCAGAAAUCCCUCUCAUCAGUCAUCAUCGUCAUCAUCAUCAUCCAGACCAAGUUAUUCCACUAACCAGCAAAGUUAUCCAGACUCACAAAAUGCUCUAUAUUCGCCAUACCAAUACGGCCAAGAUUCAUCUUACCAAGUUGAUGUGCAUCAAACUUCAGCAGCUCCACAAGCUUUUUCAUACCCGAAAAGCACAGUUCCUCCCUAUGAAGCAACAGGAUAUACCAGUUCCUAUCAAGCAAGUCAGAAGCAAGUGAACAGCCAAAUUCCAAAUGCCCCUGCAAUUGACCAAACGUCUUUCACCUUGCCACCUUUCUCUCCUGUAGAUCCACAUACUGCGCCGGAAAACAAUAAUAAUGCACUACAUGAUUACUACAGUUAUCAAACAACUCAAGUACGAGAUAAGGUUCCUUCUCAUUCCACUGCUCAUUAUACGCAACACCCUGCUUAUGACACCCAUUCAUCUUCUGCUUUACAUGAAAUCUCACCAUACCAGUCUGAGGAUGCAAAGGUUCCUGAUUACUCCUCAUCGAUUCAGUCAAAAACGCAUAACACAGGACUGCCUUCGGGAUACCUGACGCCUGAGCAGCUCUACGCUCCUCAAAAAACAGGCUUGCAAAGCGAAGCAAAAUUUGGUUAUCCAUCAGCCUAUGCUUCUACAAAUCAUCAUAGACAAGUUACUGCCGUACCUCAAGAAUCUACAGCAUCAGAAGCCACAGAAUCUACGCAAGAUGAAAAACGUGAAGGCAGCGAAAGGGCAGCUCUUCACCUACCAGAGGAUUUGUCUAUAUACGUGGCCAAACAAACGGAGAAUCCUUACGUAUACGAAUACACAGAAGCAUAUGAUCCUUUUUUCUUUCCCGAGAUAGAUAUUUCUGAAAACCAGGCAGUGAAGCAAUCAGAAGAAAGCAGCAGUAUCGCUGAAGAUGAAUCAGACGAAACGUAUCACGCAAGAAUCAAAGAUUUACAAAAGCUUCUUACGAAGACGCCUAAGAAUGGUACUACAGCGACGACAAAAUCCAUCUCAUUCACAACAAAAGCACCAAAGACUACAGCUUCCCCGAAAAAAACUACACCAGAAGAACUAAAAAACCACAGAACUACUCCAUCUUACAUAUUUCAGUACUCUCCCGUUGACAAAUCGAGCGCAAAGAGCUCUCCAACAUGGCAGGCUUGGAAACCAAAUGCCACUCGCUACCAUCUUCCAGUAACUGAAACCAAGACUCAAAGCAAGUUAGAAACAACUUCUACAACUGCAUCAACGCUGACAGUUACAACAACCCCAAAACCAACUUCUGCUGUUCCUUCUAUAAUGACUACUAGCAAAUCUCACUAUCACGACAUUGAGACACCUGUCUGUGCAAGGAAUAACAACCUGACUUACUGUUUACAAGACCCAGAGUAUCCAAAAGAGCAAAUCAAAGACGCAAUCGAAAGAAAUAGGCAUCCUUUAGAUCAUUUCUUGGUGGACAUAAGCGCCUCAUCCAACCUAGUCGACGACAGCCUCAAUAAAGUGCUUGAGAAUUCAGCACCACUUCAAUCUACUGCCGUUUCUUACUCUUUCGAGGGUAAAGUCAUUGCUCCAACACAGAACGAGGCCAGCAAUUCUACUGGUUGCUCCUCUAAUGUGUAUUAUGCCAAGCCACUCAGAGCUAUCAACACUGCAGGGCAAUGGAAAAUUAUUGUGAACGUUGAAUUUGAAGAAACGGGAGCCAACUAUACCCAGACAGUUCGCAUUGAAGAGUGCGAGCAAAACUCUGGUUACGUAGCUACUUGUGGAACGGAAACCAUAUCCGCCUGUCUACAACAGUACAAACUCUACAGAUUGCUGGCCUGGGAAGCCCACAGAGGGUUUUACAUUGAUGCCUUCCUGCUACCCAUUUCUUGCUUCUGCGGUAGCCAACAGAACAGAAGAAGAUAGUAGCGGUUAAAUAACUAUGUGAUUACGUGUAACAUACCUAGUAAAUGCAGGUGAUUUCAGAAACGAGGGCAAUUUUAACUUCCUGAAUGAUUUUGCGUAGAUCUCAAUAACAAAACACACAAAGAAUCAGGUUCAAAGUCACGUGUAUUAAAUAUCAUUUAGGAACUUCCUAAAACAUUUUAUGAAUAAUUUUUGUAUAUAUUUUGAGAGCAGAUGUAAUAAGCUAUUAGAAUGUGGUGCCAAAAUCUUUAAAAACUCAGGUAUCACUCAACAUCAAGUUAACUGACAAUUGCUUAAAUCAGUAUCGAUAACCGUUUUUAAACAUCACCUAAAGCAUUUUUUUAAUAAAUUAACAGUGAAAAAUGAAGCAAAAGAUUUACAUAACUGGGUGGAAUUAUUUUUUAAAAUGAUGUGUUGAACGCAGUCACAUAUUGUAUUUAUUUAAUUUUUUUUAUAAUAACAUCCGUUGGUUGAUAUGAAAAAAAUACCAACUAAAUAUAUGACUUUAUAGUAAUUACACUUCCACACCAAACACUGUUAGUUUAGUAUUUAUCUGUUUAACUUUUGAAUUACACGUUAGAGAGCUGAGUGUGUUUUGCUAUUUUGUGAUUUGCAAAAUCACCAUAAAUAAUAUAAUUCCGACUCGAUAUGCAGUCUUUAGUUGUAUAGGUAAAACGUGUUAUAUUUACUCUGGUAAAACGUUCAUUGUGAUUAUAGAAUACAAUGGUUGGUUUCAUUGUUUGUUAAACAAGUGUGUCCUAUUUGCACACCACUUAACAAUCACCGUCUCUACUUAGAUCAUCUUAUAUGUAUUCACAAGUGAGCUGGUUACUCAACCAAAUUCAGUGUUAAAGUUUUAGCAUCUUUCAUUUGGAACUUUUAAUAUAUUUAUUCAUAAAAUUUCAUCCGAUUUUUGUUGAUGUUUCCAGAAGUGUAGCGAAGAAAGGAAUGGUACUGGAAUUGCUUUAUUAUUACUUUGAAUAGAAAAUACGACGCUUCAAAAAAUACUUUUUUAAUUUUAUUCCGCAUUGUUAAAUUAUAGGUGGAAUAAACUUCAUAUCGAUACAUACAUGGAAUGCAUUGCCAAAAUACAAAAGAAACUAAAAAACAGCUGAGGCUAAUCUCAGAUUCCGUAAUUGCCCAGAAAAGUUCAGCAUAAUUACUUUGUUAAAAAAGAUGAAAGUACAAUUAUAUUUAUUUUCUCUUGCAUAACAUUUUUGUUUCCUCUAUGCAAAAAAGGCCUAAAGAUUCAUAUAAUGCAGAAUUCAUUGCAAUAGAUGGUCACAAAUACAUGAAUCUUUGGCUACAUGAAGCCAUAUCGCAUUAAAGGGUUUAAUAAACUUUUGAGUAGUUUGAUACCUUCUAAAUAUUUUAAAAAAAUGAAACAAAAAAUUUAGAACAAAAUUUUAAAAUAAAACAAACUAAUAACAUUAGUUGAGCGCGGACUAAUUAAAUACUGUUGCAAUCAAAUAAAGCAAAUAAAAACUAUUUCAUAAUGAAACAAAAAUUCCUUUUUGAGAAAUACAAUUUUUUUUUAAAUUAUUAAUGUAAAUUAAGAACAUUACAUAGAAAAUUUGAAUUCUUCUUUUACAUUAACUCACAAAUGAAAUUUAAAUAUUCCAAUAAACACAAAUAAUUAUGUAAUUUUCUUUUUUAAUUACAAUCAGCUCUUUUCAGUUUAGCGCUAAAAAGAAUACUUUCUUUUAAAUAAAUGUAUAUGUAUUGCAUACGUUUUUAUGAAAUGUUUUGCUGACUUGAAAGGAGGUAAUUUUAGCAUCAAAAUAAAAAAAAAAAGAAAUGUUUACAAAGGGGUAAUUGCUAUUAAAGUAAGUGCAAGUGAUAUUUUUUUUUUUUUUAAUUUUCAUAUGAUAAAUAAACAAACUCUUUAACAAACUAACGGCCAAAAUUUUCAGCUGUAUAUAGAAUGUUUUCUUUCAAGAAAAAUGUUAACUUGUUUAUAUUGUAGUUUGUAUAUUUGCUGUAGCAGAGCUAUGGAAAUAAAAUAUGUGAAUUUA